GCAGCGUGCCGCUGUGUCCCCCUCGCUUCGCCACCUAAAACCCACACACCACACACAAUCACUGACCAUAGACAGCACGCUCCGGGGAGCUGAAGCGGAGCUGAGGCCGUGUCGGCAUGGGGGUCCGCCCGGCGGCCACGAAGCUGCACAUCCCCCCCGCCGCCGCGCGGCGCCACUCCUUCCUUCCCAUCGCCACCGUCGCGCUCCUCUGCUCCGCGUCCUACUUCCUCGGCGCCUGGCACCACGGUGGCUUCUCCUCCGCCCCCUCUGGCUCCCCAUCCUCCGUCUCCGUCGCCACAGCUGUCGCCUGCACCACCACCACCGCCGCCGCCGCUGCCGCCAGCUCCACCACGAAGCGGCCGCGGAAGCGGACGGCGGGGCCGUCGCUCGACUUCUCCGCGCACCACGCGGCCGCGGCCGCGGACGGCGCCGUGCCCAGCUCGUCCGGGGUCGCCGCGGCGAGGCGGAGGUACCAGGCGUGCCCGGCCAAGUACUCGGAGUACACCCCGUGCGAGGACGUGAAGCGGUCGCUGCGGUACCCUCGGGAUCGGUUGGUGUACCGGGAGCGGCACUGCCCCACGGAGCGGGAGCGCCUGCGCUGCCUCGUGCCGGCGCCGGCCGGGUACCACAACCCGUUCCCGUGGCCGGCCAGCCGCGACGUUGCGUGGUUCGCCAAUGUGCCGCACAAGGAGCUCACCGUCGAGAAGGCGGUGCAGAACUGGAUCCGCGUCGACGGCGACAAGUUCCGGUUCCCCGGCGGCGGGACCAUGUUCCCCCACGGCGCCGACGCCUAUAUCGACGACAUUGGCAAGCUUAUCCCGCUCCACGACGGCUCCAUCCGCACCGCGCUCGACACCGGCUGCGGGGUGGCGAGCUGGGGCGCGUAUCUGCUCUCCCGAGACAUCGUAGCCAUGUCCUUCGCGCCGCGAGACUCCCACGAGGCGCAGGUGCAGUUCGCUUUGGAGCGCGGCGUGCCGGCGAUGAUCGGCGUGCUCGCCUCCAACCGCCUCACCUACCCGGCCCGCGCCUUCGACAUGGCGCACUGUUCCCGUUGCCUCAUCCCCUGGCAUCUCUACGAUGGGUUGUAUCUGAUCGAGGUCGACCGUGUUCUACGGCCGGGAGGGUACUGGAUCCUGUCGGGGCCGCCGAUCAACUGGAGGAAGUACUGGAAAGGGUGGGAGAGGACCAAGGAGGACCUGAACGCUGAGCAGGAGGCGAUCGAGGCUGUCGCCAGGAGCCUCUGCUGGAAAAAGAUCAAGGAGGCCGGCGACAUCGCCGUCUGGCAGAAGCCCGCGAACCACGCCAACUGCAAGGCCUCCCGCAAGUCCCCGCCUUUCUGCUCCAACAGAAACCCCGACGCGGCAUGGUAUGACAAGAUGGAGGCUUGCGUGACGCCGCUCCCUGAGGUCUCUGGCGCCGGUGAGGUCGCCGGUGGCGCGCUGAAGAAAUGGCCGCAGCGGCUGACCGCCGUACCGCCCAGGAUAUCGAGAGGUACGGUCAAGGGUGUGACGGCGAAGGCGUUCGCGCAGGACACUGAGCUGUGGAGGAAGCGGGUCCGGCACUACAAGGGGGUGAUCAACCAGUUCGAGCAGAAAGGGCGGUACCGCAACGUGCUCGACAUGAACGCCGGCCUCGGCGGUUUCGCGGCGGCACUGGCCGACGACCCGGUGUGGGUCAUGAACAUGGUCCCGACCGUUGGCAACUCCACCACGCUCGGGGUGGUGUACGAGCGUGGGCUCAUCGGAAGCUACCAGGACUGGUGUGAGGGCAUGUCCACUUACCCACGGACGUAUGACCUCAUCCACUCGGACUCGGUCUUCACCCUGUACAAGAACAGGUGUGAGAUGGAUGCCAUCCUGCUGGAGAUGGACAGGAUCCUGAGGCCCGAGGGCACGGUGAUCAUCAGAGACGACGUGGACAUGCUGGUGAAGGUGAAGAACGCCGCCGACGGGAUGAGAUGGGACAGCCAGAUCAUCGACCACGAAGAUGGCCCGCUGGUCCGGGAAAAGAUCCUCCUGGUCGUCAAGACGUACUGGACCGCCAAGGAGCAAGGCCAAUAGCAGCAACUGAGCAAUGGUGUGGAGACGUGAAAUUAAUACAAGCUAGCAGCAAGAACAUUCUGUCGAAAUUCCCAUAACCGGGUCGCCAUUUCUCGCUCAUUUCUUCAGUUAAGUUUUUAUGUUCUUUUCGACUGUAGUUUGCAAUAGGAGAUUUGUAUUGUCUGGUAGGUGUGUAAUACAGGGCAGCAAUAUGGGAAGGGGUGGAUAUUACAAAGAUUUUAACUUGAUCG